CAGAACAAUAUGAUGACAUUAAUAACGCUAUGGAUUUAGUAUUUGAAAAGUAUAAUCUAGACCUUGAACCUUUACCUAAAAUAGAAUUAAAUUCUGAUUUAGAUGAAUAUUAUCAAAAUUAUUAUAAAACAAUUAUGAAGCUACUAGAAUGGAUCAACCUACCUGCUGUCAGCCUUAAAUCACAUUAUGUUUAUAAAUAUAUAUAUCAUCCUCUUAAUAUUGUUUUUGAUGACCUGUUGCAAUACUUUCAUCUUCAUGAUCCUGAACAUCCUGCAAAAUAUAUUAUUGAACGAAAAAGUUGGCAUUAUCAGCCGCCAUUUGGAUUAUUACCUUCUGCUUUUAAUCAAUCCCGGGAAUAUUUUAAUAAUAUUAUAGAUAAAGAAGAAAACAUUAUUUCUGAAAAAAUUAUAAUUAAAGGAAAUGAAACAAUUUGUUUUCAGCCAAAUAGAAAUUCUGAACCCUACUAUGGACACUCGUUAUAUCUUUUGAUGUGUGAAGUAAAAUUACCGAAUGUAUCAAGUUGUGAUGAACAGAUACAGCUUAUAUUAUUACAGUUUAAUUCAGAGAAGCUUCGAUUCACUUGGUUGGUACGCGAAGAGAUUAUUCUUACCUCAUUUGAGAAACACGAUGUAGGAACAAUAAUUGAAAUCUAUUUAAUUGUAAAG